CCCUUUGUAUGUCAGUUUUCGUCUCUCGUGCAAGAAAAAUGUCGGCAUCUUGUUAGGGGAGCAGUCACACACAGCAGCAGUGGAAAAUUGAAUUUUUACUAGGAACUUUGCAUUGAGCACUGUCAAUCAUCGUACUCCGUAUCCGUCAGUUACAAACCGGUGUUAGGCACCGGUAAGCCGGCGGAAUGAGCACCUCGGACAGCACGGACACGAGCAGCAACGCAAGUCAAAAUGUCCCCAACACCAGCAGUUCAUCAAAGCCGGAAGAAAAUCAGGACGAACUUAUCAUCCAACAACAAAGACAAAUCGAGCAGGAGAUUGCCUAUUCGAAGCCUCUGGUCAGCGAAUCCCAAACAAUCGAAAGCUUGAGCUCGGAGUAUCUCGGAGACGCGGUUUACAUAUCCAAGGUGAAGGAUUUGUCUUCCAAGUACCAGGCAAUUAAGCGUACGCGUCCGGAUGGGAACUGCUUCUUUCGAGCGUUCGCUUAUGCCUACCUGGAGUAUCUGGUGCUUAACAAGGACGAGUUCAGCAAGUUUUACGAGUAUGCAGCCAAGUCGUGCGAAAGAUUAACCGAGGCGGGAUUUCCCCGAUUUACGAUUGAAGAUUUCUACGAAACGUUUAUGGAAGUGAUUAACAAAGUCAAACCGGAAGGCGAAAAUACCGACGCUGCUCUCGCCGAGCUACACAAACUGUUUAACGAGCAGGGAUAUUCGGAUUACGUCGUAGUAUAUCUGCGUUUGAUUACAUCCAGUCAUUUACAGGAGCGAGCUGAUUUUUACCAGAACUUCAUCGAUGGAAACUACACGAUUGCUGAAUUCUGCCACCAAGAAGUCGAGCCGAUGUACAAGGAAUCAGAUCACAUCCAUAUUAUCGCAAUCUGCUCGGCAUUAGAGGCCGGAGUGCGGGUCGAGUACAUGGAUCGUGGUGAUGGAGAUCAGGUAAUUGCUCACGAAUUCCCAGACGGCUGCAAGCCGAAUGUGUUUUUGCUAUACCGCCCAGGUCAUUACGAUAUUUUGUAUCCGAAUCCAACACCGUAAAAAUAAAAAACUUCUUGCCGAACUGGUUUAGACUAGUGACAAGAAAAGAAAUUAAAAACUUUCUCGACUUUUUUCAAACCCUCUCUAUUCAUGUUUAGAGAACUUAAUCGCUAGUGUGUAUCCUCUCAUUAAACAAGAGUUAAAAUUAAAUGAUUGAUAAAUUGCGAAA